AUGCGUGAGAUCGUGUGCGUUCAGGCCGGCCAGUGCGGCAACCAGAUCGGCUCGAAGUUCUGGGAGGUGAUCAGCGACGAGCACGGCGUGGACCCGACGGGGACGUACCAGGGCGAUUCGGACCUUCAGCUGGAGCGCAUCAACGUGUACUUCGAUGAGGCGACGGGCGGCCGCUACGUGCCCCGUGCGGUGCUCAUCGACCUGGAGCCCGGCACGAUGGACUCCGUGCGGGCUGGGCCGUACGGGCAGAUCUUCCGCCCGGACAACUUCAUCUUUGGCCAGUCCGGCGCUGGCAACAACUGGGCCAAGGGCCACUACACGGAGGGCGCGGAGCUGAUCGACUCCGUCCUGGACGUUUGCCGCAAGGAGGCGGAGAGCUGCGACUGCCUGCAGGGCUUCCAGAUCUGCCACUCCCUCGGCGGUGGCACGGGCUCCGGCAUGGGAACGCUGCUCAUUUCGAAGCUGCGCGAGGAGUACCCGGACCGCAUCAUGAUGACCUUCUCCAUCAUCCCGUCCCCCAAGGUGUCCGACACGGUCGUCGAGCCGUACAACACGACGCUGUCUGUGCAUCAGCUGGUGGAGAACUCGGACGAAUCGAUGUGCAUUGACAACGAGGCCCUGUACGACAUCUGCUUCCGCACGCUGAAGCUGACGACGCCAACGUUCGGCGAUCUGAACCACUUGGUGUCCGCUGUGGUCUCCGGUGUGACGUGCUGCCUGCGCUUCCCCGGCCAGCUCAACUCCGACCUGCGCAAGCUGGCGGUGAACCUGGUGCCCUUCCCGCGUCUGCACUUCUUCAUGAUGGGCUUCGCCCCGCUCACGAGCCGCGGCUCGCAGCAGUACCGCGGUCUGUCCGUGCCUGAGCUGACGCAGCAGAUGUUCGAUGCGAAGAACAUGAUGCAGGCUGCCGACCCGCGCCACGGCCGCUACCUGACGGCGUCCGCGCUUUUCCGCGGCCGCAUGUCGACGAAGGAGGUGGACGAGCAGAUGCUCAACGUGCAGAACAAGAACUCGUCCUACUUCAUUGAGUGGAUCCCGAACAACAUCAAGUCGUCCAUCUGCGACAUUCCGCCCAAGGGCCUCAAGAUGGCUGUCACCUUCGUUGGCAACAACACCUGCAUCCAGGAGAUGUUCCGCCGCGUGGGCGAGCAGUUCACGGCGAUGUUCCGCCGCAAGGCGUUCUUGCACUGGUACACGGGCGAGGGCAUGGACGAGAUGGAGUUCACCGAGGCGGAGUCCAACAUGAACGAUCUCGUGUCUGAGUACCAGCAGUACCAGGACGCCACCGUCGAGGAGGAGGGCGAGUUCGACGAGGAGGAGCAGUACUAG